CCUAUGGCACUCAAUUUCAAAAAGCCAAAGGCACCCUUUAUUGAAUUCAAGAACCAACCUUUAUCAAAGACAGUAGAAGCUCUGCAUUCAUGAACUCCACACUCAAAUUAGAAGUUUCUUAUGGCCUUCUUCUUGAUACAGAAUACUCAAUAGUAGAAAUUAAUUAGUCUCCCAAACCUUUGACUGAAGAAGUAGGAGAACCCUUUGCCCAUUCCUCUCUUACUUACACUACUUGAUUUGGUUUAUAUAUUAGUGGGGAGAAUAGGGUUCUUCUUCUUCAUUGUGGAUUCUCCACAAAGGAAAAAAAAGAAAUGUCUGCAACUACCAUUAUAAAGCCCAUUGUGAGCAAACUCUACUGUUCUGCUUCACAGGUAGUAGUACUCACAGUGAGAAAGAGGCCUCAUGUUGUGAGUGGAGGGGGUCUAGUAGUCAUGGAUGAUUGCAGCCAAAAGAUUAUUUUUAGGGUUGAUGGCUGUGGAACUCUAGGCAUCAAAGGAGAACUGGUCCUAAGAGAUGCUGAUGGAGAAUCUUUGCUUCUCAUUCGCCGAAAGGGAGGAAUGUUUCAAGCUCUAAGCAUUCACAGUGGGCAAUGGAAGGGUUACAUGGUGGACUAUGAAGGAGCAGAGAAGUUGGUUUUUAGCCUAAAAGAGCCAAACUCAUGCCUUGCAAAGAACAUCAAAGUGAAUGUUGGACCUAAGAAGUGUAACCUUAAUAAGGACUGGGAUUUUGAGGUCAGGGGUUCUUUCCCUGAUAAAGCUUGUUCCAUUAUUGAUUGUGCUGGAAACACAGUUGCACAGAUUGGAGUGAGGAAGGGACAGUUGAUGAUGGUAAGCAAGGAUCUCUAUCAGGUGCAGGUGCAACCAGGAUAUGACCAAGCUUUUGUUUUUGGGGUCAUUGCUGUUCUUGACCAUAUCUAUGGUGAGUCUACUCAUUGUUGAUCAGGUUUUGAGACAAGGAAUAUGAUCAAGUCUCCAACUAUUGAGACAAGGAAGAUGAUCAAGUUUCCAACUAUUAUUUCAGCAAUUCUAACUGUUAUUGUCUUUUCUUUUUUUUCUUUUUUUGGUCACAUGAUCUUGUAAUGUUAAUGGGUUUUAGCUGCUCAGUGACAUCAAUCUCAGAUGUUUUGUCUUGACUAUA